AUGUUUCAAAGCCUGAUUGAGAGCAGCAUAGACGUCACUGACGCAUCAGUGUAUUCUGGGAUUUGCACUGAGAUCUUUAAGCAGGAAUCUGUGAUUCAUCAGAGGAAAGUCUACAGCUUCAUUCAUCUGAGCGUUCAGGAGUUUCUCGCUGCUUUCUAUCUGCUUUACUGCUGUUUAACAAAGAACAAGAAAACACUGCGUGAAUUCAGAUUAAACAGAUCUUAUAAAGUCUCUCUGUAUGAUCUACUAACAUCAGCAGUAGAUAAAGCUGUUGAGAGUAAGAAUGGACAUCUGGAUCUGUUCCUGCGGUUCCUGCUGGGCGUCUCACUGGAGUCCAAUCAGAGACUCUUACAGGAUCUACUGACACACACCGAGAACAGCUCAGAGAGCAUCAGCAGAACCACACAGUACAUUAAAGAGAAGAUCAAAUAUGAUCCUGAUGAUGAUGAUGGUGGUGGUGAGCUGUAUGUAGAUAAAAUUGAUCUGCUUAAGAAAAAACAACAAAAGGGACACAAAAAAAUAAAUCUAGAUGGUAAUCUCUCAGCUGGUGAAUCCAUCAAUCUGUUCCUCUGUCUGCUGGAAGUGAAAGAUCAGACUCUGUUCAGAGAGAUUCAGGAGUUUGUGAAAUCGGACAAACACACAGAGAAACUCUCUGCUGCUCACUGCUCAACAAUCUCCUACAUGAUUCAGAUGUCAGAGGAGCCACUGGAUGAACUGGACACCAUGAAAUACAACACAUCAGCUGAGGGGAGAAGAAGACUGAUACCAGCUGUGAUCAACUGCAGAAAAGCUCUGUUGAGAUAUUGUGACGUCACAGAUGAAGGUUGUUCUGCUCUGACUUCAGCUCUGAGAUCAAACCCCUCACACCUGAGAGAACUGGAUCUGUCUGAGAAUAAAAUAAGAGAUUUGGGAGUGAAGCGUCUCUGUGCUGGACUGGAGGAUCCUCACUGUAAAUUGGAGAAACUGUGGUUGAGAGAUUGUGGCGUAACAGAUGAAGGUUGUUCUGCUCUGGCUUCAGCUCUGAGAUCAAACCCCUCACACCUGAGAGAACUGAAUUUGUCUCGGAAUAAACUACGACUAUCAGGAGUGAAGUUACUCUCUGAUCUGAAAGAUGAUCCACGUUAUAAACUGGAGAUAUUAUACUACUGACUCUCAGUAUUUAGACGUCAGUUCAGUUUCCUCAGGAUCAGCUGAUGGUGAAUAAGAGCCGCUACAGGAAUCAGUGAUGUGAAGUUAAAUGAAUGCAUGGAAGUGUAAUGUGUGGAGCAGUGUUGAUGAACAGAAGAAACAAGCUUCAAGGAAACUGAACAAAUCCAGC